AUGCCACAGAUCUCAAGGUGUUCAAGGCACCAAUUAACCAUAGCAGUGUUGUCGCUAGUCUUGUCGAAUUUAGCAGAAGCCGCAACUUCGAACGGCGUAAACGCACCGGCGUACGCAACUUUGUGUGACAUUUACAAUCUUAAGCAUGCUAAACCACAGACACUAUGGACAAGGCAGUUUGAUAACGCAGAUGAUUUAAUAACUGCCAUUUACAAUCUGAACAUCAGUACCGCAAGUGAUACGUGGUUAGAACACAAAGACGGAGAAUUCGCAGGAGUCUCAGACGGCAGCGAGCGUGCUACCAAAUUAGCAAACUGGGUUAAACGAGUCAAAGAGGCGACGGAGCAGGGUGCGGCACCGGGAAAGCUGGGCCCGUACGCCAAGAUAGCCAACAAUGCAUACAAAGCCCUGGCGAACAGACAGAUUCACGACUUGUAUAACAUAGCACAAACCAAAAAAGCAGCCUUCGAAGCCGCCAGCAAAGAAGUAUCAACGGCGGCAGCGAGAGCAGAAAGGAAGAUCCUCGACACGAUAUACGGCGAAGGCAAGGACAAAUUCGAAGCUGCAACUUUCAAUAGCACAAAAGAAAACAUGUGCGGCAACGGCCACAGCGGCCACAAUAACGUCGGUUACAGCAUACUAAAUGACAUGAUCUGCCUUUGCACUGCGGACGCAACCGACACCGACAAAGCAUGCGGCGAAAAAGGCAUGGGAACAGUGACAGCCGACACCACCGGAGCCGACACCGCAGCAGCAGCCCUCGAAACAGCAUGCACCAAGAAAGAAGCGAAGCAAGAGCUAUCAGAAGCCCUCAUCCAAGCAAAACUAGCGACGUUUUUCUCGCACAUCGGCAGUUUACCAAGCAGCCACAGCAAUGCAGCCGUCAGAUUUGUCCUCGGCGAGGCUCAAAGUACCGGAUGCCAGGGAUCAUCGAACGCACAGUGCGUAAACUACAAACUGCAAUUACAAAACGGCGGCAACGGCAUUCCAUGGGUCAACCACCUGGAAGUGGCGGCCGCGAUUUUAAGACGAGCAGCAAUUGCAUACGCCGAAGCGGGGAAAAUCAAUGCCGAGCUAGCAACUCUGAAAGAGCAGGCCACCAGCUUACGCAAUGCAGCAGUCAUAGGCAUUGCUCUGCCUGAUGGGACCGCGGCAGCGGAACGACUCAAUGAGCACAAAGAACUUAGUGAAAGUGCAGAACAAGCUUGUAACAAACUAAAUAGUGAACAAAAGUGCAAUGCUGAUCCGAAAUGUAGUUAUGAAAUAGAAAGCGAUGGCACCAAAAAGUGCAAAUAUAAUGCGACAAAAGCGGAAAAAAGUGGAGUUUCGUUGCCACAAACUCAAACAGGAGGGGCAGAAACAGCAACAGAUAAAUGCAAAGGGAAAGGAGAGAAAGAUUGCAAGGCUCCGGAUUGUAAGUAG